GUCAGUAUCUGAACGGAAACUAUGCGCGGCUUCGCUGGCCUUUUAAAUCUGCAGGUUCCACUGCAGGAUUCAGUUAUAAGAAGGAAAUCAUGUCUGGUCGGAUAAACGCUUGUUUGCUUACCGUCGCGUAUCUUUACGGACAUUGUCUCUCAGAGUCUUGGUCUGGAGUCCAGCAGGUGAAGGGCAUUGUGGGGGAAUCGCUCACUUUCCCCAUGGAGAUCCCGAACCUGCCUUUAGACACGGAGAUAAACUGGAGAUACGGUCCUGUGGGUCCGGACUGGCCCAUUGCGAGAAUUCAGAGCGGGGAGAUCGAUGCUGGUUUUGAAGAGCGAUUCACAGGAAGGCUGCAGCGCGACAAUUUCACAAACUCUCUCAGGAUUAAUAACUUGGAGAGAGAGGACAGCGGCUUUUACCAAAUCGAAAUUACCGGAGAAGUGAGAUUGAAAAGAAGCAUGAGGCUCUCGGUCUACGAUCCAGUGUCGAAGCCCCACAUAAUAAAGACCCAUGAAAGAGGUAGUUUAGGGUACAGAACCUGUCUCCUCCUGUGCUCUGUGGUAAAGAGCCACAAUGUGACUCUGUCCUGGCUGAGAGAAGGAGAGAUCCUGACCCAAACAGACUCACUGAACGCAAUAAAAAAUAAAAUCUACCGUCUCGUUGCCCAGAAUGCCAGAGUGACCAGGAAUCCAAACUAA